AUGCAGGAAUUUAGCUUGGACAAUCAGAUAGUUCUCGUUGCAGGCGGUUCACAAGGUCUUGGCAAAGAAUUCGCACGCAAAUACUUCCAUGAGGGCCGAAACACGACGGUGAUAGUGGUGAGCCGUUCACGUCAGAAGCUACGCAACGCAGUUUGCGACAUCACUGGAUUUCGUGACGCCAUGGAGCUGACGGUUGAAGAAAAGCUGCCUCAGGAGUCGAAUCGUAUUGUGUAUCUAGCGUGCGACCUAUCACAGUACGAUGAGGUGGAAAAGAUGUAUGACACACUGGUUGCGUGCGCGCUCAUCCCGACACAGGUGCUGCUAUGUGCGGGCGGGUCCAAACCGGGGCUUUUCAAGGAUAUGCUUGGCCACGAGUUGGAAAUGGGCGUACGCGUCAACUACAUGACUUGUCUCUACUUGGCUCACGUUGCUGUGCGGCGCUCUCCGCUAUGCCACCUGGUGUUCUUUUCAAGCGAGGUUGCGUUCUUCCCCUUCAUCGGGUACGCGCAGUAUGCGCCGCUAAAGCAGUCCAUCCGGUCACUGGUUGCAAUCCUCAGACAGGAAUGCCCCUAUCAGCGCAUUUCGUGCGUGUAUCCGGGAAAUUUCGAUAGUGAGGGCUUCGUGCUUGAAAACGAGACCAAACCCACAAUCACCAAGGCCAUCGAGGGCUCUUCAGUGCCCAUCUCAUGCGAGCGCUGCUGUAAUCGCAUCGUGCGUUCGCUCUCUGCCGGCUACGACGACAUUAUCACCGAUUUCAUCGGCUGGGUUCUCAUGAGCACGGACAUGGGGCUCAACAAACAGAAUAAUCGCUCUUUCGGCUGGAUCCUACAGUUCGUUUGCGGAAUCCUCGCAAACCUCAUAAUCGUCCCCAUUUAUUUGCUUAUUUGCAGAUUUCAGAUCAAUCGCUGGCACAAUGAUCGUGGAAACAAGUAA